AUGGCUGACCCUAUAGAUCAGUGGUUGGAGGAGUCGCUGUCUCUGCCUGCUCGGCUGCAGCGGGAGCUGCGACUGAUGGCUCAGCUGGAUGCAGCAAGUGCAGCAAUAGAGAUGCAAGUGAGGCAGCGCGAGGAGCAUUUCUUACGGCGUCUGGAGGCGCUGAGGGCCGAGGGGAGCCCCCUCGUCUUCGAAGGCAUGGAAGAAGAACUCAGACAAAUACAUGAGAUGCAGCGGAAGAGCAGAGCCUUGCUGCGAGAGAAGGUGGAGAUCAACCGGCAUGCUGCUGCUGUCUUGCAUGCAGAGCAGCAGACACUUGCUGCUGAGCGUCAGCGGCUGCUGCAGCACCCGGGGAUUGCUGCUGCUGCUGCUGCUGGAGGAGGAAGCACAGCAGCAGCAGAUGCCGCUGCUGCUGCAGCAGAUGCAGGCGGUGGCGGCGGAGGGAGCAGCAGCAGCAGCAGCAGCAGCAGCGCCUUGAGAAGACGUGGGGGAAGCGAGCGCAUGGCAGCAGCAGCAGGGGGAGCAGCGCAGCAGCAGCAGCAGCAGCAGCAGCAACUUGCGAACAACAACAGCAGCAGCAGCAGCAACGUAGAUCGUUCUCAUACCGGGAUUGCUAUUGCAGGUGCUUCUCAUGCUACUCGUGGCUGGCCUGCUGCUGCAGCGCCGCAGCAGCAGCAGCAGCAGCUGCAGCAGCAGCAGCAGCAGCACGCUGACGACCCAACGAUGCUGCACCACCAAACGUACCUGCAGCAGCAGCAGCAACUGCAGAUGCAGCAGCAGAUGCAGAGACAGCACAUGCAGCAGCAGCAAAUGCAGUUGCAAGCCCAGCAGCAACAGCAGCAGCACCCGAUGCAGCAGCAGCACCCGAUGCAGCAGCAGCAGUUCAUGCAGCAGCAGCAACUCCAGGACCCGCGCUGCUACUCGGGCCCCACAUCUUUGCCUACCACUCAGAGUAGCGAUAUAGCAGCAGAGAACAGCAGCAGCAAUUCUAAGACAGCUAGAGGACGACUAAGCAACUCUGCUGCUGUGGGGCCUGGGGCCCCAGGGCCCCGAGCAGCAGCAGCAGAGGGGCCCUCACACGGAGCCAGCCAUUCUCGCAGAGGAAGGAAGGCAGCAGAUAAUUUGCUGCUUGCUAGACACCCCAGCAGCAGCACAGCAGCAAGCAGCGCAAGCUCCCCUCCUACUGAAGGCUUCCGUGCUGCAGCAGCAGCAGCAGGACCAUUGGGGCCCCCAGCAGCAGCAGGGGGCCCCCAGGGGCCCCCACCUGCGAAGGCGCAUGCAGCUUCAUCGAGGAAGCAGGGAGGGGCCAAGGCAGCAACAGCAACAACAACAACUGCAGCAGCAGCAACAGCAAAUAGAGUACGUUAUUUCUUUCUUUUGCUUCUCUGUCUCUCUUUAUAG